CUUCGAUCCCUUGCCUCAACUGUCAACAAGUCCACCACCGUUCUUCUGCCCGCAUGGAAGCAGCAUCUGUCCGACUUGAACAUGCCGGAGCGGAUGCUUCGUCAGGAUGUUUGUACACGCUGGCAGUCGACAAAUGACAUGGUGGUAAAUGCGGUGCGGAUGAAGCGGGCCGUCAGAUCGUUUUGCACAGAUGGAGACCUUGGUGUUGAUCUUGACAAGUUCCGGAUGAACACGAGGGAGUGGCAGAUUGCGGAGCAGCUGGUCGAUGUUCUGAAGGACGCCACCCAAUUCUUCUCCCGUGGCACUCCUAACCUCGCGGCGGUUAUCCCUGCAAUGGACGUCUUCGAUCAAGAGCUCACGACGAAGAAGAUGUCCGGCAGCCGUGAUUCAAAUAGAGACCUCUACGACCCAGCGAUACGCCACGCCCAUCGCUUCGCCCAGCAGGUACUGAACAAGUACUACGCACUCACAGACUCGUCUGAGGCUUAUUGCAUCGCCAUGAGUGAGUAA